AGUUGAUUGUAUACAUGUUGAAACAAAGUACUAACAGCAAUUUUGCAGUAAUUUCUAAAAAUGAUUUCUUUUGCAGAAUACUUUUGUAAUUAAAUUUGCUUUUACAUAACUACUAAACAAAAAUUAUUUUUUAUUUGUUGAUGCAAUAUUCUCUGCAUUUUUAAAGGAAAAACUGUAGGUAAUCUGUCAUAAUCAGUUAGGGUUUUAUUUCGUUUUUUGAUAUCAGUAAGCAAAAUUCAUCUUUAGGAAAUAGUUUGCUACUGAAAAAUAUAAUUGGUCAUUCAAUAUAAAAAACAGUAAUUUACCUGAUGCGAGAUGGUGAAAGGAUGUUGCGGUUGGUUUUGCAACUUUAUUUUUGUUUAUUUUGAUUUAUUUAGUCAUUUUUAAUAAUUAACAAUCUGCAAAUUAUAUACACAUCUACUUGAUAGAAUACCUAGUUAUUUUUGUCGAAAAAACACUAGGAAAUAUUGUGUGGGUAUAUGUUGCAUCCUAAUUGAUAUUAUGGAUAGCCUGUAUCUAUUCUCUUUUUAAUAAUAUUUGAGUGAUUAUGUGAAAUUAAAUAUCUUAAUGUAAUGUUUACUUAACAUCUUGUGCAAAGUAGUACUAUCAGUGCUUGGUAGUUAAAAGAAAUAAAUGGUGACUUAAGUAGGUGUGCUCUCAUACACACAGAUUAUAUUUCUCGAAAAUGUUUAAAUCAGGAUGACGUUUAUCAAUUAAAAUCGUACAUUGUUGUAAACUGUCAUUAUUUUCAACUGAAGCCAAAAAAUGGUUAGACAAAAUCAUUGUUUUAAAAGGUUAAAAAGGGGCUGGAUGACGAAGUUCGUUAUUUUAAGAAUGUCUGCUACGUUGAAUAUGUUUUUUAAGAAAUAGUGUCUUUUGUUAAGUUGUGUGUAUGAAGAAGGAAAUUACUUUUUUGAAGAAAAAGAAACAUCACGUAAAAGAAAUGAACAUUCCGAGCAAGCGCCGUAAAAUAACACAGCAAAUUACUGUAGAAAACAAUUCUCAUGUAUUUCUAUAUCCCAUCCUGCCUUAUGAUUUUUUAAAGGAUUUAUUGAUGACUGAAGUCGUGGUUGGCGAAGUUUGUGACCUUAAAAGCAUUUCAAAUAUCGUAGUCGAGCUUAAUAAUAAUUUGCCUAUUUCUGAAUUAGCACAUCUUAAGAGAGUAAAGGGACGUAAUAUAUUAUUAUUUCCCUUGAGUAUGUGCAUGAACGUAACAGAAGUUCGAAGUUAUUUGAUGAAGAAGAACGUCAAUGUGAGUUACUUUAAAGAUGUUUUCAAAGUAAUUGCAGUGCCUGCCACGUCUCCAAAAACUAGAGAACAGUAUAAUAAAGUGAAAACGAUUUGGCCCUGUAAUUUUCAUAAAAACGAUUAUUUGGAAAAAAUUAUCACAAACACUAUUUUCAGUCAGCAACAACUUUCAUGUCACAAAACUUACAUGCAAAUAGCAAUUGAUGCAGCAUAUUUAGCGAAUUCAAGUUUAAGAGUAGGUGCAGUUGUUGUCGAUCCAAAUGUUAAUUGUGUUGUAGCUAUUGGUUAUGGUAAUGAUAACGAAAAUCCUUGUAAACAUGCUGUUAUGAUUGCAAUUGAUAAUGUUGCUAAAACCCAAGAAGGUGGUGCUUGGACAACUAAAACAGAUGACAGAGAAACAAAAAAUGUAACUGAAGAUAAAAAUACCCAGGGCAUACCUACCAUUUUAUUAAACAAUUUACGCAAUAAGUAUAGCGAUAUUAUAUUUGGAAUUCCAAAAUCUUCUAGUAAAAUUGAUGCUAGUGAAUCGUAUUUGUGUACAGAUUAUUGUUUAUAUGUAACACAAGAACCAUGCUUAAUGUGCGGAAUGGCAUUAAUACAUAGUCGCAUCAAAAGGGUGUUUUUUGGCUGUAAAAAUAGUAAAGGUAGUUUGGAAUCGUUGUGUCAAAUUCAAAACGUUAAGGAAUUAAAUCAUCAUUUUGAGGCAUUUGGUGGACUAUUAAUUGACGAGUGUAAGGCGUUAUUUGGAUGAUUUUUUUAUUAUAUUGUGAUAAAUAUACUUAUUUUUUUAUAAUAAUUACCUACUUAUAAAAGUAUUUUUUAAAGUGUCUUCUUCAAUAUAUUAAAUUUAUAUUUGAAAUCUAUGCUAUGAUUUUUCUCAAUAAAGUAAAAUGUAUAUUCAAUCUUUUCAUUUGUUAGGUACCUAGUUUAAAAGUAGAUUUGAUCAUUAUAUGCCCAUAAUAAGAUCAGUGAAGCUAUAAGAGGUAUAUAUUUUAUCUUGUUUUUUUACCCAUAAUUAUUUAUGUUGCAUUGAUUUCAUUCUAACCAUUUAUAUUCUCUUGCAUUUUAAUAGAAUUAGAAGAUGAUUUAUAUGUAUUAGCAAAAAAGUGUACACUUUAGAUUAAAACAUCUGCUUCAGCUUUAUCGGCAAGAGAAUGUUCACUUACACGUUACAUUGACUGGAUACAUUUUUUCAAAAUUAGUUUUUAAAAGGAGAGUAGAAUGAUAAUCUAAUGAUUAAAGCGAAAAUUGUAAA